GUUUGCCCGUUUCAUCUCCGACCAAAGCGGAGUCAGUUGCGGCAUCAACUCCACGCAAUGUGCUAGACAGCCACUGGCGCAGUGCGCGCGAGCUCCCAUUGCGUUCACGCCCACCGGGGAAACGCAAAAGCUCGACUACUUGUCCCGUUGGUUUCCAAAGAUGAUUGUCACGGAGCCUGUGGAUCCAGACUUGGUCUGUCGAGAUCCACAGGCGGCUGAACGGAUGGCUCGAGACCAUCUGAUUUGGCGGCAGGGCUACCGGGCCAGGGUGCUCUCGGAGAUCGUGGAAGCACAGCACAGGCUCGUUCGGUCCAUUGAGCAGCACGGCGAGGACUUUCAAUGCCCGACGUUGAUAUUGCAUGGCAGCGGCGACAAGCUGUACUCCGUGCAAGGAAGCAUCGGCAUCCACAGCGCGUGGUGCCAAGGCAUUGAGAUGGAGGCUACGGCGCUGGUCCCGCGUCUGAAAAUCUACGACGGGGCAUACCACCAGCUGCUGAAUGAGCCGAACAAGGACGAGGUGAUGAACGACAUCGUGAACUUCGUCCUGUCCUCCCUGACCGGUUACUGA